AUUUUAGCGGCAGUGUGCAAUCAUUAAUUAACAAAAAACGCGCUGCGUUAUUGAAAGUAGUAUUAGUGUGAAUGGGAUAUUAUUGUAUAUAAAAACAAAUUAUCGAAAGUUUCUCGGACCGGAAAGUACAAUGUACAUACUCAUAUAUGCACAUAUCGGAUCUGCAUUCUCUUGUUAACCGCCUAAGCUUCAAAGUGAGUCCCAAAAAGUUAUUGCGUGUGCGCGUGAAGAAUAUUAAGAAAAAAGUUAAAGUGGCUGCAGAUGAUUUCGAAGACUCCGGGUCAAACUAUUCGGACAACAAAUCUGAAAGUGGAUCCGAUGACGAGUUUCUCCAAAAUUUUAAAAACAACGAAAAAAAGAGAUCUUCUUUUGGAAAAAUUCAACGAAAACGCUGGACUGCUGAAGAAAUUAACGCCUUGGCCAUCGAGUUUGGCGAACCAGCUCAAAUUUCAAAAUUACCUUCGUUAAAAAAAUGCAUCAAGGUAAUCAAUAGGAAUCCCCAUCUUAAGGAUAGAACACCCCAGCAAGUCAAGUCUUGGAUUGACAACCAGAGAAAAGCUGAAGGGCGCAAGACUGGAUCUUCUCUUAAUAAGAAAAAUAUAAACUUUAAGUUACAUUAUAAAGAAUGUUAUUCAUGA